AUGCCCACAGAAGCAGAAAACAUCCAGUACCUCUACCUCGUCCUCACGCAAGGCGGUGCGCCUAACAUAAACUGGCCCGCCGUCGCCACCGCCCUAUCCCUCAACAAAGGCGCCGCCACAAAACGCUGGUCGCGCCUCAAGAACGCCAUGGACAAAGGCGACGCGCCCUCCGCAUCGUCAUAUGCGUUUCUCUGGCUGUGCGUGAAGUAUUCUAGUCGGGAUAAGCCGCUGAACUGGGUCGAUAUUGCUGAGGAGUGCAAUACCACGCCUGGCGCGGCGAGUAAGCGGUACUCGCGCAUGAAGCAGGUGUUUGAGCAGGGGGAUGCGGUGCCGGGGUCGCCUGCGUCGAGGGCGGGUACGCCGAGGAAGAGUAGGGCGAAGUCGGGCACUGCUACCGCUGACGAUGACGAUGCGGAUGUAUCGACCCCAAAGACGACGCCGAAGCGCAAGCGUGCUCCGGCUAAGAAGAAGCCUGCCGUUGCUGCUGAGGAUGAUGAGAGUGAUGACGCUGCUGAGGUGGAGGUUAAGUCUGAUCCUGACGAUGGCGACGACUCGGAUGGUACGCUCGACGGGGUUACGCCAUCGAAGCGCCGCAAGACUGCUAUCGUCAAGAACGAGGUCGUGGAUGAUGAUGAUGAGGGUCUUGCGUUCGGUGGUGCAGAGGAUGAGGCUGUGAACGAUGAUGUGCAUGAUUGGCUGGCAGGCGGUGUGUAGACAUGAGAUGGGGCAACGAGGCUGUCUGCGUUUAGCGGGUGGAGAGGGGAUGUGAAUUCUCGGUCUUUAGUUUGCGAGAGGUGAU